AUGAUCUCGGCCAUUCAGUGGAUCCGCAAAGGUGUUGCUGCCGAACAGCCUGAAAAGUACAAGCUCGACGAAUCAGAACUCGAAAAGAUUGGCAAAAUCGCUGCCGAUCGUCUUGGUGAAGCUAAGGUCGACCUUGCCAAUGCUCAAAAGGGAGGCGAUAUGGACAUUGAUAGCGACGACAGUGAAAAUGAAGAUGCUGUUCACGAGAAGGAUAACGACAUGCGAGAAUAUGAUUUGGAAACAGAGGAUAUCGCUGAAGCUGAAGCAGAGCCUGGCAAAUUCAUGAAUAGAAAGGAUCUCGCAUACUAUCAGAAUGAGGAGGAUGAUCCUUAUAUCACACUCAAGAACGAAGACGAUGAAGCUGAGGAAAUGGAGGAGAUGCGUGUCCUUCCAACCGACAACAUGAUGUUGGCCGUCAAGACCGAGGAUGAUGUUUCGCAAUUGGAAGUCUAUGUCUAUGAACGUGAGGAGAACAACUUGUAUGUGCACCACGAUGUCAUGUUGCCAUCAUUCCCAUUGUGCCUCGAGUGGCUCGAUUUCCAUACCGGUGACAAGGCUGGUCAAGAAGGCAGUGGCAACUACGUGGCUGUUGGUACCUUUGAACCUGAUAUUGAGAUUUGGAAUGUGGAUAUGGUGGAUGCUAUGUUGCCCCAGGCCAUCUUGGGUAGCUCCAAUCCUGCUACUGCUGGUGCAAAGCCCAAAAAGAAAAAGUCCAAAAAGGCCAAUAGCAAUUAUCACGUCGAUGCUGUUAUGGAUCUCUCAUGGAAUAAGCAACACAGAAACUUUUUGCUUUCAUCCUCUGCAGACACCACUGUCAAGCUUUGGGAUUUGAACAACGCGACAUGUGUACAAUCAUACAGCCAUCACAAUGACAAGGUUCAAGCCGUCGCAUGGAAUCCUGUCGAGGCAACUGCAUUUGUGUCGGGUGGUUACGACAAGUCAAUUUGUGUUUUGGAUGCACGAUCUCCCGAUAACGUGACCCGUUGGACGAUUGAGAGUGAUGUCGAAUCGAUUGUUUGGGAUCCUCACAACCCCACCAAUUUUUAUCUUGCCAUGGAGAAUGGUAUGGUGCAGUACUAUGAUGUUCGUGUGGUUGCCAAUGGUGCAGGUGGCAAAGCUAUCUUUACCCUCCAAGCUCAUGAUGGUGCUGUGAGCGCACUUGAUGUCAAUCCCGUGGUGCCCAAUUGUAUUGCUACUGGUAGCACAGACAAGCUUGUCAAGGUGUGGAACACGACCGAUAAUCGACCUAGCAUGGUAUCUAGCAGAAACUUUGAAUUGGGUCACGUUUUCAGUGCCAAGUUUUGUCCUGAUGAAGCCAUGGAGCUUGCUAUCUCUGGAUCGGAAGGCAAGAUCCACAUUUGGGAUAUGAAAUCGAAUGCUGGUGUGCGACAAGCAUACAACAUUUCCGCCUAG